AUGCUCUUUGCAGUCCUUAGGCAAAAGAGAAAAAAUACAUGCACUAAGUGUGAGAAAAACUUCAUUCACAGAUCAAGCCUUUCUGUUCAUCUGAGUAUCCACACAGGGGAGAGGCCCUACGAAUGCCGUGAGUGUGGGAAGACCUUCAAUCGCAGCUCAGACCUUUCUAAACAUCAGAGAAUCCACACAGGGGACAGGCCCUACGAAUGCAGUGAUUGUGGGAAAGCCUUCACUCACAGAUCAACUCUUUCUGUGCAUCAGAGAAUCCACACAGAUGAGAGGCUCUAUGAAUGCCGUGAGUGUAGGAAAAGCUUCACUCACAGAUCAGCCCUUUCUAGACAUCAGAGGAUCCACACAGGUGAAACACCCUAUGAAUGCAGUGAGUGUGGGAAAACCUUCAAUAACAGCUCCAACCUGAUUACCCAUCAAAGAAUUCACACAGGGGAGAGGCCAUAUAAAUGUUGUGAGUGUGGGAAAACCUUCACUCGCAGAUCAGGCCUUUCUCUUCAUCAGAUUAUCCACACAGAUGAGAGGCCCUAUGAAUGCCGUGAGUGUGGGAAA